AUGUACAAGUCCGAAAUAGAAACAUCUUCGACUGAAUCUGCCACAAAUGCUUCUUCCUCGCAACAUCUUGAAAUAGAAACAAGUUAUAUGUCAAACGACACAUCAAGAUUGGUAAAGAAGAAGAAGACGAGCACAAAGGCAUUAGUGAAGCGUCUACUAGGCGUUGUGGCUGACUUAAGUUCUAAAGUAGACCGUGUAUUACAGAAAAAAGAUGAACCAGACACAAAUGUUGAACCAGACAGAGGGUUUCGAGAGGAGGAAGAGGUAGAGGAGGAGGAAGAGAUGAUAAAUGAAGAGGAGGAAGAAAAAUAUUACCAUCAUACACAUUUUGACUAUGAUGAUAUAGGUACUCAUGGUUUGGAGGGGGAAUUUGGGUCUACACCUACGCAUGUUGAGCCGUCAUCGGACGUGGGUGAACAUCACACAAAAGAAAUGACUCCUAUUGUUAGGCCGCAACGAAAGAAGGGUGUUCCAUGUGUUGAAGCUGCCAGUACGUUGAGUUUUUGGAAAGAAUGGAAUAGGAUCUCUUCCAACCUAAACACUAAACAUAGGCUGCAUAUGCUCACACUGGAUGUGGAGUUUUGGUCGAGGUUACUUGCAGUUACUGACGCUGGAUGGUUAAUUUCUUCGCAUAUUGCGAUAUGGAGUGCCUUGCUCAUGGAAAGACGGUCGACGAACGCUAGGUGGACGAUAUUCCCUCAAGAACUUAAUUUGCAAAACGGAAAAACACAUUUUCUUAGGAAUAUAGGAAAUGGUGUCGGAGGCCAUCCUAAAUGGAAGGAUGUGGAUAUGGUUCUAUUCCCCAUAAACGUUCCUCAUGCCCAUUGGUUUUUGGCAGUGCUACAUUUAGAUAUUUGGAAAGUACACAUUUAUGAUUCAGCACGAUGUAUGAAUUACUUCACAACGUACUUGACUGGUGGAGAAUUCAAAAGUUUUGGGGAUAGUAUAAUCGAAGAGCUAGAUACGAUUGACUACUAGAAGGAUUUCCCCGAUGGACACAAAGACAACGCAGUUGUGGAGUUUAUUGAUAUUGUAGACGCGCCACAACAAGAAUAUAUUACUAAUAGAGGGGAUUGUGGAGUAUUCGUAAGCAUGUAUAUGGAAAUGAUUGCUUUGGGGGUACCGGUGAAGACUGAUAAGCCAUGUAGAGAUGUGGGAUUUCUCUACAAAAAUAUGAUGACAAAUAUUAUUUGGGAUACUAAAUAACUUGAUGUUUGGAAGUUUGUAUACAUUAUUAUGAAAUACUUGUUUUUAGU